UUGCCGACGAAACAUACGCCAUUUUGCUAUUAUUCCAAGGGUUGCAUUAUCUGUUCGUCAACAAUGUAAAGUGAAAUGUUUUCGAAGAAUUUUCAGUGAAUGUGAUGAAUAAGUGUAGAUCUCUAUGUUGGAAUAAAAACUAGGAGAAUGGAGGAAUCCAACGAAGAGUAUAACGUAAUUCCAGAACUCUACUUUCUGAUAGCGAAAUUUCUGUCUGGUGGUCCACUUAAGGAAACUGCAAAGACACUGCUGAAAGAGCUCGAGACGAUCGAGGUGCUGCCGCGGCGACUGGACUGGCUGGGAACCGAACACACACAGUCCUAUGAGGAACUUGCAAGCCAGCACUCCGACGUGCAGUGGCGGCGGCUGGCGGCCGUGUGCGAGCGCGCGCUGCGGCUGGCCGGGCGGGGCGCGGCAGACGGGCGUCUGCCCCGCGACUCCGUGCGCGCCCGUCUAUCGCUGCUCGGAGAGGCGCUGGUGCGACCCCGACCGCAGCUGCCCUGCUCCGCACAGGAUCAUUCGCUCGUCCGGCGGCUGAUGUACCGGGAGCUGGGGUGCGGGGCGCGCGCGGGGGUGGCGGGGGACGCGAGCGGCAAGGAGGCCGUGUUCCCGCGCCGGCUGCUGUCCGGCCUGCAGCUGCAGCGCCGCACGCUAGGCCACCUCUCCGCGGUCUACUGCCUGGUCUUCGACUGCACCGGACGUUACGUCAUCACGGGCGCGGACGACCUGCUGGUGAAGGUGUGGAGCGCGCGGGACGGGCGGCUAGUGGGCACGCUGCGCGGGUGCGGCGCGGAGAUCACGGAUGUGUGCGUGUCGCGGGACGGCGCGCUGGUGGCGUGCGGCUCGGUGGAGCGCCUGGUGCGGGUCUGGUGCCUGGCCUCGGCCGCGCCGCGCGCCGUGUUGCACGCGCACCAGGGGACCAUCACCUCCGUGCACUGGUCGCCGUGCUUCCGCGGCGGCGUGCGGUGGCUGGCCUCCACGUCCACGGACGGCUCGGUGGCCUUCUGGACGUGCUCGGGGGAGGGGCAGUUCCUCUCGCGGCCCGUGCACUUCGUGGAGCGCACGCGGCCCGGGGCCUGCCACAUGAUCUGCGGGGCCUGGUCCCCCGGCGGAGCCCUGCUCGCCGCCGGCAGUGCGGACCACCACGUCAGGCUGUACGCGCUGGAGCCCUCGCCUAGGAGGAUACUAGAGGUGGCGGUGCACAGCGACGCCGUGGACAGCAUCGCGUGGGCGCACCGAGGUCUGAGGUUCGUCUCCGGUAGUAAGGACGGCACGGCGGCCGUGUGGAGCCUGCACGCGACGCAGUGGCGCCACGCCAUGCUGGUGCCCGCGGACCACGCCGGGGACGGGGCCGCCGCCGCCGGGGACGCCAAGAAACUCAAGGUGACCAUGGUCUGCUGGGACCGCAGCGACCGGUUCGUGGUCACGGCCGUGUCGGACCACACGCUGCGCGUCUGGUGCGAGCGCGGCCGGAUGCUGCGGGUGCUGCGCGGACACAAGGACGAGGCCUACGUGCUAGAGCCGCACCCGCGCCUGCCCGCCGUGCUGCUGUCCGCGGGCCACGACGGCCAGCUGUUCGUGUGGGACGUCGAGAACGGAGAGGUGCUGUGCAACUUCCAGAACACCAUAGCGGGGCAGGGCGAGGGCGCGGUGUUCGACGCCAAGUGGGGCGGGGACUGCUCCGUGGCGGCGUCCGACUCGCACGGACACGUGCUGCUGCUGGGGCUGGGCCAGGGACACCCGCUGCUGCACGAGCUGCCGCACGAGCUGUUCUUCCACACGGACUACAGGCCGCUCACCAGGGACGCGCUCGGCGGCGCACUGGACGAACAAACUGAGACCCCCCCUCACCUGAUGCCACCUCCGUUCCUGGUGGACGUCGAAGGAGCCCCGCACCCCGCGCGCUUCCAACGCCUGGUCCCGGGGCGCGAGCUGUUGGCGCCCGAGCUGCUCUCCCCCGCCGGGGCCUCGCCCCCCGGUGGCGCGGCGCCCGCCCCUCCCGGGGUGUGGAGGGGAGAAGGCGUAAGGCACGCGGGGGGAUCGUGGCUAGCGGACGCCUUACAACUACCCCCCUCGUGUAGACCCAUAGUCCCUCCCCUGCCUAGCUCCGUCAGGCAACAGAUUGAAGAAACUAGCUGCGAGGUCCAGGAGUGGGAACUGAGUUGGUAUCGACGCGAGAUGAGGCGGCGCCCCGUGAUGAUCUCGACGAGCGCGGAGGGGAGUGCCCGGGGACCGCCGCGGCCCCGCAAACGAGCCCCCCUGGUGCACGCCCCGCGCCCCGCCGCCCAGGUGUGGAGUGCGUCGGAGGCGGAGAGCGCGUCCGGCUCCGACUCGUCGGAUCCCUCCGUCCGGCUGUCCGCCUCGUCCGCGCCGCCGUCGGACUCCUCCAGCUCGCACUCCGGGACCCGCAGCGACGAUUCGGAGUCGUCCCAGUACUCGGACUGGGAGACCGGCGCCGCCCUCGCGCCCCCAGCGCGCGCCCGGCGGCGGCCCCUCCCCGCCGGCAGGUACCGGGGCGGACCGUCGCGCAACAAGCGGCCGCCGCCCCCCCGCAGCGAGGAGGGCGAGCCCCGGGACCGCAGUCCGGGCACCUCCGCGGGGGGCCGCCUGGAGCUGCCCGAGGAGUACCGCCCCGGCGAGUGGCUGACGGCCGUGUCUCCGCGGAAGGCUCCAUACCAUCCUCAGAUGGGGGACCAGUGCUUAUACUUCAAGCUGGGUCAUCAGAAAUACUUCGAGGCCGUGUCCGAGAAGGACGUGUACAAAGUGAAUCCCCGGGACAAGCCGUGGGAGAGGACGCAGAUAUACGACUGCGAGCUGGUGAAGGUGGUGGGCGUGAAGUAUGUGAUCAAGCCGCCGCGGCUGGUGUGCCUGCGGCUGUCGUGCCUGGAGGGCGCGCGGCCCCGCUCCUUCACCGUCAAGUACCACGACAUGGCUGACGUCAUCGACUUCCUCGUCCUCCGCCAGCAGUUCGACGCGGCCGCCGCCAGGAGAUGGAACGCGGGGGACAGGUUCAGGUGUAUGAUAGAUGACUCGUGGUGGACAGGCGUGGUGCUGGAGGGCGGAGUACCCGCGCCGGGCGACCUCGCCACAGAAGGGGCGCAGGCCUGGGGUGCCGCGGCCGCCGCUCACUUCUUGGCGCUACGGGUGCGCUGGGACAACGGAGAGGUCGAGAGACUGUCGCCCUGGGACCUCGAGCCGGUUGACCCGCACAGGUGUUUCUACCGGCGCGCGGCGGCGGCGCAGUUCGACGUGCGCUACCUGGCCAGCAACGCCGAGCGGUUCAACGACCGCCACUCCGCCAUCGUGCGCCAGGCGCGCCUGCUCACCGACCUGCUGCUGCACGUCAUCGAGAACUGGCGCGAGGUGCACGUGCUGGACAAGUACCACGAGCUGGCGGCCAGCUACCACUCCUCCGACGACGAGCCGCUCGCCGUCGCCAAGGCGGGCGGCUGGCGGCGGUGCUGCGCGCGCGUGCUGCGGGAGCUGCUGGUGUCCCCGGACGCGGAGCCCUUCACGCGGCCAGUCUCCCUGCAGCAGGCGCCCGACUACCACGCCGUGGUGUCGGAGCCGAUGGACCUGGGCACGGUGCAGCGCGGCCUGGAGGCGGGGGACUACUCCUCGGCGGAGCAGUUCCUGAGCGACGUGCGGCUGGUGUUCGCAAACAGCAGGCUCUACAACACCAACAAACGGAGCCGGAUAUACUCCAUGACGGUCCGACUGUCGGCGCUGUUCGAGGCGCUGUGGGUCCGGCUGGGACCCCGUGCCCCUCGCACUCCCCGCCGCGCCCCGCGCACGCGCCGGCCCCCCCGCGCACCCCGCACCAGGAACGAACACGGGGAGCGGCGCGGCGAGAGCGCGGCCUCCGACUCCAGCUCCGAGCGUGACUCCUGGGACAGCGACGCGCCACUGCACAAGCACAGAAAGGGCAAGGGCAUCGGCAAGAAGAGCAAGCCCCCUCCCCCCGCCGCGGAGCCCCUUCCGGGGACCAGCAGCAGGCUCACGGACGACGAGGCGUACGUCCCCGAGCAGAACGGAGUCGCGAGCGGCUCGGACUCGGAGAGCGUGUACUCCAACAUCGAGGUCGUGGAGGAGGAACUGGUCGAGGAGGACGUGCACCUCACCUACGACGAGGGCAGCGACCACCUCACCAGGGCCGACGGGAGUGGCAGCAGGGGCAGCAGGAAACGUCGCAGGAUCAGUUCGGGCAGCGACCGCAGCUCUCGGCGCAGGAAGAGGAAGGAACAGCACGGCAAGCGGGUCCGGGAGCGGGUUGUCGCGGCGUCCAGCUCGUCGUCCUCGUGGGGGUCGGCGGAGGGGGAGGAGGGGGGCGCCGAGGGGGGACACUACGAGUCGGACCGCUCGUACCGGCCGCGGUUCGAGUCCGACGAUGACGCGCCGCUGCACCUCUACCGGCGGCGCGCGGGCGGCGCGGGCGGGGAGCAGCCCGGCACGUCGCGAGCGCAGAACGGACACGCGAGGGCCUCGGGCUCUGGCGUGUCGCUGCGGUCGCGCCGGUCCCCGCGCCGCUACAACGAGGACAGCGAGGACGACUCCGCCGCCGUCAUCAGCAAGCGCUCCCAGCACCACCACCGCGCCAGGACGCAGAGCGCGGCGCCGCACGCCACGGACCACGACUACUACAACGGACACGCGUCCGACCACAGCGGGCUCGCAGCGGUUGGCGCAGUGUCCGUGUCGUCCCGGGGCAGGGUCCGCAAGCUGACGGCCAAGGCGCGCGGAUUGCUCCGGGAAUAGCAGCGGCCGUCUCCCUCCUCCUGGUGGCCGCGCCGCUAGCGGGGGGGCGGGGGGGGCGCGUGACGUCAACACUCACUGAUACGUGAGAUUAUUUCUGUUUGUCGCGGCAAACGAAACUAUCUGUUCAUGUGGUUAUUUACUGAUAUUAAUUCAUUUCACGACACGUGAGCGCGCGUGAGCCCGCGGAUGGUACACCCAUACAGAACAGUAAACGCGGCUUGUAGAUAUUUCGUGUGUACAAUGAAUUUGUUGCUGUUGACGAUCAAAAUCAGGCGAGACACACACUUGUAAUUUAUAAACACAAUAAGCCAUUUCUUAAACGAAUGUGUCCUUUAAAUUGUUCUAUCGAGGAGCCCGACUCGACUGUGAGCCUUGUGCCCCGGGAAUAGAGUCGAGAACUGUUCGGAUCUAGUAUUUGGAAUCUCAGACGCUCGGAGUUGUCAACGAGCGACAUCCGACGUUAUGGCUCCGUCGUCGACGAGAACUGUACAAGUAACUGUAAAGUAAAUGAAUUGUUAAUUAUUGUGUCGGCUGCGGCGCGGGGGGUUGGGGCGGGGGGACAGUGCGCGCGCGUGUGACGACAGUACGUCAAGUCUGGAACAACGAGCUUACUGCGUCCGGUCGCACUGUGGUGCGGGGUCGUUGAACUGUGUUCUGUACUUGUGAGAUCAUGUAAAUAUAGUUUUAAGAGGAAUUGUUUGUGUGUCUGUCUGUGUGUGUGCGACGUAGAGUAUCACACCGAGCUACGAAUAAAUAUAUUUUG